GACUAGGUUGGCGGCUGCGCUAUUGGCCUGCAAUAUUCAAUAAUCUGACUCGUGGAAGCCUCUCGGUGAUCUGAACAGCCUAUGCGCGUUAUUCGAACCUUCUUUUACCGCAACUGUCGUACAACGGAUAGGCUUAUGGGGAUCUCAUCCUGAUGUUAUGAUUCUGUUUGGGACAUCCGUUUGGUCAGAGCACAGGAAACGGCCGUUACAUCAACAAUACCCUUGGCUUCUUAUUUGUCUGGCCAUGGAGAUGUCAAGCUGUGCCUCGAACCCCUUUAUUAUAUGCUGCCGCCUUGUCGGAUUCAAAGUUCAUAUAUAGGCUCGGCUCAUUCACCUGCGCCUCCUGUCCUACCUUCCACUUCCAUUUCGCGUUUGGUCUCCGCUACCAUCGCCGCAGCAACAUCCCUACUCUCCAUGGACACUCUACCUGCAUACUCACCGUCCUCUUCAGUUCCCUCUUACCACGCGGAGCCAUCGUAUGACGAACGUUGUCUUGACUUCUCUGCACGCAGCCAUCGACGCGUUGCUCCUGAUGGCACCUUUCUCAAGGCUGCUAAGGGUAUCACCCUUGUGUUGACGGAACAAGAGAGUGGUACCUCCAUUCCAACCUACACACGCCAUGCCUCUGUGAAAGGCGACAUCCUAUUAGAGGACGAACGCAUUCAAUCAGUUUCUCUAAAGCUCGAUGGCCGACAGUUCGUGUCUUCUUCUGAGAGCGGAUCCUCCAACACCCAUCUAUUCACUGAGUCCAUUACAUUGUGGUCGAAGUCAGAACAUCCAUAUUGUUCACUCUCGCCUGCAAUAUUACCGUUCGACAUCCCUUUCCCUAACACGUACCGUGAGGGUAAAGAGACUCGUCCCCUUCCGCCAACGUUCACCGCGGAAUCCCCGUCGGUCCCUGGCGUUUCCAUCCGUUGCGAAUACACUCUAACAGUUACGGUGACGAAACCCCGCCUAGGCGGAUUCAAGAAGCACAAACGCAUGAUUGUGCCCAUCAAUUAUCAUCCUCGUUCGCGCCCUUACUUACCAAUAGGCUGCGGACUCCAUCCAUUCUUGUCUACCGUGAAGUGCGCCCCUGGGGAUUGGCACCAAGUGUCAUCCACGAUCAAACCCCGUAGUGGCGCGACAAUAGGAUCGAUCGAAGCUCAUCUGUUCAUCCCGGCAGUUCAGAUUUACGCGAUCUCUGACACGAUACCUUUCCACUUACAACUCCAAGGAUCCCAAGCGUCCCUUAACGCCUUCCUCUUCAGCCCGGAAUCCUCGCCUCAAGCGCGAAAUGCUGCUCUUCGUCGCGCGAAGACGCUCUCUGUGUCGUAUGAGUCACCAGCAGAAUCACAUCUGUCUUCUUUUGCGGUCUCCUUGCCUUUCAUUACACGUGCUUCCUCAAACCCAUUACUCCCAGAGCCCCCUCCGUCUCCCCUCAAACCCGAUCCUUCCUUACCUUGGUAUGUGGACACCUCGAGGGGCAAGCCCACUGUUCGGGUUUAUCUCUUGCGUCAAAUCUUGGUGAAGGUGAACGGUACGAAGUCUUGGCGCAACAUCGUCCUAGGAGAGGGCAAAAUGUACCCGGUCCAAGCACAGUAUCACGCGUGUCCUGGUGCAGAGUCAUAUGCCGAGCAGGCGUUAGACUGGGAAGGCGAAUUGAAGUGUAACGGUGAUGUUACUGUCGGCGGAUUCAACAGUGGUCCCUUGGUGUUGAAGGAUUUUAUCAUGAUUGAACUCAAGCCUGCGUCACCCGAAACCUCCCCGUUACUGGAACAUCAACACCCUCAUCCAGUUCGAUUGGUUACGGAUACGUAUGCGGAGUCGUAGCGCUUGUGAUUGUAUCUUGGGCACUAGGUGGUGCGCUCAUACACGCAUGUUGGUCGAGCCGGAGUCGGACAAAACGAUCAUAGAUCGUGCAAAAGUUACCAUAAUCAUCGAACAGAACGUAUUUUAUUCAUAUUUAGUCUUAUAUCAGUACACUUCUGUAUUACGGGUUCAUCCUAAUUGAUGAUGGGAGGGGUUUUGCGUCACAAAGCAUUUGCUCGAUUUGCUCGUCCAUGCUCGUUUCUCUC